AUGGUGAUUGGUAACUCCAGAUGGGAGGGACCAGAUAUAUUGUCUGUUGGGCGGCGCCUUGGAGUACCAAAUCAAGUUUAUGUGUUUCUUCACCUACCGGGGCUCGAAUUAAACUUCCAUCCACGCGACUUGGAUCGACGAUUUGCAGACCACCAUUCCGCCCCAGACUUCACGAACAAACAUUAUCACACCGAACCGACGAAUUCACGAGCCAUGGCAGGGGAGGGACCAAAACUCCUCUGGAACCCCGAGAACGUCAAGGAUGUCGCCGAGUCGAUAGGAAUCAACCUGACCGAAGAGCCCCUCCGCGUCCUCACCCAAGAUGUAGAAUACCGAAUUGGCCAGGUCGUCGUCGAGGCCCUACGCUUUAUGCGCGCCGCCAACCGCACCACUCUGACAGUCCAAGAUGUCUCGCAAGCUCUACGAGUUCUCGACGUCGAGCCCCUCUACGGAUACGAUUCCACGCGGCCACUUCGCUACGGGGAAGCCAGCAUCGGCCCCGGCCAACCGCUGUUCUACAUUGAAGACGAGGAGGUGGAUUUUGAGAAGGUCAUAAACGCUCCUCUACCUAAGGUGCCCCGCGAUAUGAGCUUUACUGCCCACUGGCUCGCAAUCGACGGCGUCCAGCCCUCCAUCCCCCAAAACCCCACCACAGCCGAGACCUCCUCCAAGGACCUCCUGCCCAAGGGUCCCGGCGCUAACCCCGCCGUCGCCGCCCUGGCCGGCAACGACAACGUCGCCUUCCGCCCCGCCGUUAAGCACGUCAUCAGCAAAGAGCUCAUCCUCUACUUUGACAAAGUCCAAGCGGCCAUUAUGGACGACGACCCGGACGAAGAGAAGACGCGCCUGCGCUCCGCGGCUCUGGACUCGGUCCGCUCCGACCCCGGUCUCCACCAACUCGUGCCCUACUUUGUCUCCUUCAUCAACAACCAAGUGACGCACCGACUCGACGACCUCUUUGUGCUCCGGCAAAUGAUGGAACUCACCGGCGCCAUCCUCGACAACCCCUCCAUCUUUCUCGACCCGUACGCCUCCUCCCUCGCCGCGCCCGUCUUGACCUGCCUCAUGGCCCGCAAACUAGGCGGAUCGGAAUCCAGUCUCGAAGGAACCGACGCCCUGAAAGACCAGUACCGCCUCCGCGAAGUGGCUGCCAGUUUGCUCGGCACCAUCGCCAGGAAAUACUCCAAGACCAACGCCCUGUUGCGCCCCAAACUCACGCGCACGUGCCUCAAGUUCUUUCUGGACCCAAGCAAGUCCCCUGCGGUCUUGUACGGCGCCAUCAGCGGGCUCGCGGCCGCCGGCGGGCCCGAAGCCGUGCGCAUUCUGGUUCUUCCUAACUUGAAGAUGUUUGACGAGGGGAUUUUGACUCCGCUCCGCGAAAAGGGCGAGGCGAGUCAUUUCGAGUAUGAGGCGCUGGUGGGAGGGAUCAUGAAGGCCAUCGAGACGCUGGUGGAGGGGAUCACCCUGCCUGUUGUUGCGGACGUGACCGAGUUGGAGAGGGAGGGGCAGUUGGUGAUUGAGUUUUUGGGAAGGACGAUUGGCGAGAGGGUGGCGAGGCUGGGGAACCAGCAUUUGAAUCGGGGGAUUUUGGAGGUGAGGCAUUUGGAGUAGUGUUUGAAUGCCGCCGCCGCGGCGAUGAGAGCUCGAUCAUGAUGUAAGAGAUUGAAGGAGGUGAGAGAGAGACUGAGGAGGGAGGGAAAAUGGCCGGCAGCACGCGAAAAGUUGAAUUCUCACGGGACUUAG